GGCACCGCGGGCGGUGUCCGGACGCAGGUGCGGGCCAGAGCAGUUCUAGCAGCGCAGACGAGACCGGCCGGGCCGGGACCGGGGCCAGAGCGAGUCGGGGCGCCUGCGCGGCCGCCCGGCCCGGCCGUGGGUCAGAUCAGGUGGCUGAAGCACCGAGAGCUGGACUCAGACCCCUGGCUGUCGACUGGCUGACCUUGCACUUACCUUCGCUGCUGGGCUCUCCUCAGGCUCUUGGGACCAUGGGCUUCGGGCCCUGAGGACUUGGGGCGCCCCGUGGCCAUGACGACCGGCGACUGCUGCCACCUCCCAGGGUCCUUGUGCGACUGCUCCGGCAGCCCAGCCUUCGCCUUCUCUAAGGCUGUGGAGGCCACUGGCCUCGGGCCGCCCCAGUAUGUGGCUCAGGUGACCUCCAGGGAUGGCCGGCUUCUCUCAACUGUCAUCCGGGCCUUGGACGCGCCAAGCGAAGGCCCCUUCUGCCGGAUCUGCCACGAGGGCGCGAGCGGAGAGAGCCUGCUGUCUCCGUGCCACUGCACCGGCUCGCUGGGCGCCGUGCACAGAAGCUGCCUGGAGCGGUGGCUGUCCUCGUCCAACACCAGCUACUGCGAGCUGUGCCACGCGGAGUUUGCGGUGGAGAAGCGGCCCCGGCCCCUCACAGAGUGGCUGAAGGACCCGGGGCCUCGGACAGAGAAGCGAACUCUCUGCUGCGACAUGGUGUGCUUCCUGUUCAUCACGCCGCUGGCGGCCAUCUCCGGCUGGCUGUGCCUGCGCGGGGCCCAGGACCACCUCCGGGUCCACAGCAGGCUCGAGGCUGUGGGACUCAUCGCCCUCACCAUCGCCCUCUUCACCAUCUACGUCCUCUGGACGCUGGUAUCCUUCCGCUACCACUGCCAGCUGUACUCGGAGUGGAGAAGGACCCACCAGAAAGUGCGCCUGAAGACAUGGGACUCGGAGGGCGCCGAGGGCACCCUGCACUCCCCGCUGGCAGCUGGGCUGCUGAAGAAGGUGGCCGAGGAGACGCCUGUGUGAGGGGCAGCAGGGCCCGAGGCAGCCAGCGGUGCCCCGGCCCUUGGGAGGACGGAAACUGCCCGACCUUUCCUGCACGGCCAGAUGCUUCUUAGGCCAAGGGUGCCAAGCGGAGCCUGUCCUGGGACCAGGGUGAAUGGAUUUGCAGGCUGUCUGGCACACUGGCACACGGAGGACAGGUGGGCCUGACUGAGGACGGAGCAGGCUUCUUGGUCUCACUGUGAGGUCCCCUCGGCCUCUCGGGUUGGCAGCCGUGGCCAGAGGCAAGUUAAGGGCACCCCCGAGGCUGGGAGGUUCCGCAGGCUUCUUGCAAUUCUCUGCCCCCGGCAGGCGCGCUUUCUCGGCACCCUCAACUUUCUAGAGUUGCACUGCGUUUCAAAACUCUGCCCCUGAAUGAAUAAAAGGAGCCCUGGCUGGACAAAAUGGACUUGUCAAUUACAUUUCUGAACUGAGGUCUCAAAGCGAGGGGCCUGGGAACCGAGGGGAGUCAGCGGCCACCCGAGGCUGGUUUUGUGGGGUCUGCGGUGCCGCUCAAAGCAGCACUCUCAGUUUUCAGGCAAAGGGCAGGCAACAGGGAUGUGAGAAAUGAUUAAAAUGUGCCUUUAUGCAA